AUGACUGAUACUAAGAGACAAAAGACUGCUGAUCAACCAACUAGACCACAAAAUAUCGGUAUUAAAGGUAUUGAAAUUUACAUUCCAAACCAAUACGUUAGUCAAACUGAAUUAGAAGAAUAUGACGGUGUUUCUGCUGGUAAGUACACCAUCGGUUUAGGUCAAACUAAUAUGGCUUUCGUCAACGAUAGAGAAGAUAUUUAUUCUAUGUGUUUGACUGUUUGUUCCAACUUGAUCAAGAAUUAUAACAUCGAUACCAACAAGAUUGGUAGAUUGGAAGUCGGUACCGAAACUCUUAUUGACAAGUCCAAAUCCGUCAAGUCUGUUUUAACACAAUUAUUCCCAGGCAAUGGUGAUUUAGAAGGUAUCGAUACAGUUAACGCUUGUUACGGUGGUACUAAUGCAUUAUUCAGUUCAUUGAAUUGGAUUGACUCUCAAUAUUGGGAUGGUAGGGAUGCCAUCGUAGUCUGUGGUGACAUUGCUAUUUACGACAAAGGUGCCGCUAGACCAACUGGUGGCGCUGGUACCGUUGCUUUAUGGAUCGGUUCAGACGCCCCAUUAGCCUUCGACAGCGUCAGAAGUUCGUACAUGGAACACGCAUACGAUUUCUAUAAGCCUGACUUCACCAGCGAAUACCCGGUCGUUGAUGGUCACUUCUCUCUAAGAUGUUACGUCAAGGCCUUAGAUCAAGUUUACGAAACUUAUUUGAAGAAAGCUAUCACCAAAGGGUUAAUCUCCGAGACUGAGAACAAACCAUUGACCGAAUAUUUUGAUUACAACGUGUUCCACGUCCCAACUUGUAAACUAGUCGCAAAGUCUUACGGUAGAAUGAUGUUCAACGACUGUAAGAGAAACCACGCAUACUACCCAACCGACGGAUCCGUUUCUCAAGAAGAAAUCUCUGCCUGGGAUACAAUCGACUAUGAAGAAUCAUUAUUCGACAAAGCAUUAGAAAAGAAAUUUGUUACAUUAUCCAAAAGGUUGUACAAUGAAAAAGUUGCCAAGUCAUUAACUGUGCCAACCAAUGUUGGUAAUCUAUACACUGCUUCUGUGUUUUCAUCUCUCGCCAGUUUGAUCUAUUACGUCGGUAGUGAUGCCUUACAAAAUAAGAGAAUAGGUCUAUUUUCAUACGGCUCCGGGUUAGCCGCUUCCUUAUAUUCUUGCAAAGUCGUUGGCGACGUCUCCAAGAUUGCCCAGGUUUUGAACUUAGACGCCAAAUUGAAUACGUUAAGAUCGCAACUAACCCCAAAGCAAUACGAAGAUGCAAUUGCAUUAAGAGAAGCUGCCCACUUACAAAAGGAUUUCAAACCAAACGGAUCCACUGAUCUGUUGCAAGCCGGAACCUACUACUUAAGUGCCGUUGACGACAAGUUCAGAAGAACAUAUGAAGUCAAACAAUAA